CUCUCUGUGCCUCUUCGCUGGGGCGCGCUCCGUUCGUUUUGUCUCGGCGGCAGAGGAGGGAAAGUGCAGUUCCCGACAAGGAUCGACAGGGCGGCGGAUCAUGGCACCUAUUGGAGGGACCCCGAAAAACAAGAAGGGUAUUCUUGAACGUCUAGAUGCUGGAGAAAUUGUGAUUGGUGAUGGAGGAUUUGUCAUUGCUCUCGAAAAGAGGGGAUAUGUAAAAGCUGGUCCUUGGACUCCAGAAGCUGCUCUAGAACACCCAGAAGCAGUUCGUCAGCUGCAUCGAGAAUUCCUCAGGGCUGGAUCAAAUGUUUUACAGACAUUCACCUUUUAUGCCAGUGAUGACAAAUUAGAAAACAGGGGGAACUAUGUAGCUGAUAAACAUUCUGGCAAGAAAGUAAACGAAGCAGCCUGUGAUAUUGCAAAAGAAGUGGCUCAAGAAGGGGAUGCUUUGGUGGCUGGAGGCGUCAGCCAAACCCCUUCAUACUUAAGUAGCAAGAGCGAAGCUGAAGUUAAAUCAAUCUUUCGAAAGCAGCUAGAGGUUUUUACCAAAAAGAAUGUGGACUUCUUAAUUGCAGAGUAUUUUGAACAUGUUGAAGAAGCUGUGUGGGCAGUUGAAACCUUAAAAGAAGCUGGGGUUCCAGUUGCAGCAACUCUUUGUAUUGGUCCAGAAGGAGAUAUGCAUGGCAUAUUACCUGGAGAAUGUGCUGUCAAACUUGUAAACGCUGGUGCUUCUAUUGUUGGAGUGAACUGCCAUUUUGAUCCAGCUACUUCCCUCAAAACUCUGAAACUCAUGAAGGAGGGCUUGGCAGCUGCUAAACUAAAAGCGCACCUCAUGUCACAGCCACUUGCGUUUCAUACUCCAGACUGUGGGAAGCAGGGGUUCAUUGAUCUACCUGAAUUUCCUUUUGCUUUGGAGCCAAGAAUUCUAUCCAGAUGGGAUAUUCACAAAUAUGCAAGAGAGGCCUAUAAUUUGGGGGUUCGAUAUAUUGGAGGGUGCUGUGGGUUUGAACCAUAUCACAUCAGAGCAAUUGCAGAGGAGCUGGCCCCUGAAAGAGGAUUUUUACCACAAGCCUCUGAAAAACAUGGCAGCUGGGGCAGCGAAUUGAGCAUGCAUACCAAACCAUGGGUCAGAGCAAGGGCUAGGAAGGAAUACUGGGAGAAUCUGUUGCCUGCUUCAGGAAGACCAUAUUGCCCCUCACUGUCAAAGCCAGAUGCCUGGGGGGUGACCAAAGGGGAUGCUGAGUUGAUACAGCAGAAAGAAGCAACAUCUGAACAACAGCAGAAAGAACUCUUCAAAAGACAGAAAUUCAAAUCCAGCACUGUAGCAUAGAUUAUUAGCAAUUUUGUCUAUGCAAAAACAAGCAUGUCACUGUAUAAUUGACAACUCAGUGGAAAGAUCAGACAGAAUUUAUUAAUUGCAAGUUGGAAGUAUAAUAAAUCUCAAAACACUUUUUAAAAAUGAAAACGCGCCCAUGCUAUGUGCUGCACUUUUAUUGAAUACUCCAACUUAUUUGCAGUACACACAAUUAAGAGCACGUUCAUCCUCUAAUCCUAUUGAAAUAAUUGGGAUUUAAUGCUUACAUGUAAAAUAGUCCAAUCCUAAGCAACUUUUCUCAAAAUCAAGUCUCACUGUGUUUAACAGAAUUUCCUUCCUAGUGAAUGUGCUUAGGAUUUCACCAAAGAACUUGGGUUAAUUGGAACUUUAUAUGGAUUGUGCCCAUUAUCUUAGAUGGAGAAAUUUUCUCUUCGAUUCCCCCCCCCCAUAAGCAUAGCACUCUCUAUGAAAGCAAAAAAAGAGGUGAAUACUUACUUUGGAAAGAUAUAUUUUUUCUCAGGAUAGGAAUAGUUUAGAUCACUGCAAUUAUAUAAUUUUAAAAAAUAAAAUACUUCUGAUAAACAGCAGACUAUUUUCAAAAUAUUUGUUGGUUUUAUUCUCCUAGGCCUGAGAUGCCAUUGCAAUCUCUAAAUGCAUAUUGCAGGAGAUCAAAUUUAGCUAAAAAUUAUUCUGCAUUAAAAAAAAAAGUUUAUUAAAAAGGGUUAUUUACAGUCCCAAUUAGAAACAGAAAAAUGUAAAGAAGAUACAAGAAUAUAAAACUCUUUUCUGCAUGUGAAAUCCAAACAUGUAACUCCUGGAAAUGUAUAAAAUCCACUUGGCUUUUCCAUCACAAAUUAGCAAGAAGUCUUAUAUAGAUCAUGACUGAAGUUUCCUCUUGAGCUGCUUAGCUUCCCAGACUGUGGGUGGUAUCCAAAAGUGAUGGUACUGAAAAAAUCCACCAGUAGAAUGGGGAGGAUUCCAUUUCAAUGACCCCUAAAUUCCAUACCCUCUCUAAAUCCCUCAGAUUUUUGCCCCCCUCCCCCCCGUAUAUGGGUUUUGAGAGGUGCUAAGCAGGAAGGGGAAAUGGACAAAAAAAAACCCUCCCUGUUUUGCUGACCAAUUCCUUCCGUCAAUAAAUAGUUGCCACUGGAUACCACUCUAUAACUAUGCAGAUAUUUAGGUCCACUUCACAAUGUAGCAUCUGUGGAAGUUGAUCACAUUUACUUUCACCACUCAGCAUGAUUGAUCCAUUCCAAUAUACUUCACUGGUGCACCUGAUCAAGUAGUUGAAAUAAUCUUUCUUACAUCUAAUAUCGUAUGAGGGCUUUGGUACCCGCUUUUAAAAAGGGAAAUCUCCAUUUCUCACUGAAACUAAGGUCACAUGUUAAAACCUUAACGACUGAAAAUCUUCUGGCAUGUGGCUCAGGGCCGGCCUGAGACAUUUUGGCACCUGAGGCAAACCACAAAAUGGCGCCACCCUCCCUGCUAGGGAAGAAGGGGUGAGUGAAGAUAUGCAUCAGGAACAAGGGGAGAAAUAAAGAUCUACAUUGGAAUCUGCUGCCCCCUGUGGUUCCUGCCACUUAAGGUGCUUGCCUCACCUUGCCUGAAAAAGCUAAAUAGAUGACUAAUAUCUGCUAUAUACUGAGGGGUUUGGCCUAUAUGUGACAUCAUUCAGUUCUUUUAUAUCUAAGAGCAAUGUUCUGUAUUAAUACCAAUAAAGAUUUACAAAUUACCCUAA